AUAUUUUCUGCUAAUGUAUGCUCGUCCCAGAACCAUAACCUUUUUCGCAUCCCUUCUAGAUAAAUGCUCAUCCACCAAAUCCCUCCAAAAACUCAAACAAAUUCAUGCCAAAACCAUUCUGCUUAAUAUUUCAAGCCACUCCUUCCUCCGAACCAAGCUCGUCUCGGCCUACGCUUCAUGUUCCCAAAUGCGCGAAGCUCAUAUCCUCUUCUUCUUCACUUCUCGACAACCCACUUUCCUAUACAACUCCAUUAUCCGAGCCCACUCUUCUCUUAACCAAUCCUCUCAAUCCCUCGCCGUUUUUCACCACAUGAUCAGUGCCCAAAAGCCCUUUGACAUUUUCACCUUGCCUCCCGUUCUCAAGUCUUGCGGCCAGUUAUCUGAUUUAACCCUUGGAAGAGAACUCCACGGGGCUGUUCUGGUCAAUGGGUAUUCGUCCAAUUUGGCAAAUAACAAUUCUUUGAUUAGCAUGUAUGGAAAAUGUGGUGAAUUGGAUUGUGCAAUGAAACUGUUUGAUGAAAUGCCUGUGAGAAGUUAUGUAUCGUAUUCAGCGUUGAUGGUUGGGUAUGAGAAGCUUGGGAUGGCGAUGGAAGUAUUUAUUUUGUUUGAUAAAAUGGUGGAAAUGGGGAUGGUGGUUGAUGAGGUGACGUUGACUACAGUUUUGACCACAUGUAGUCGUGAGGGAAUGGUGGAAAAGGGGAAAGAGGUUUUCGAAAAGAUGGAGGAAAGUUUCGGGGUGAAGCCUAAAUUGGAGCAUUAUACGUGUAUGGUGGAUAUGUUGGGGAAGGCGGGAUUGGUGGAGGAAGCUGAGGAAUUGGUGAUGGGGAUGGAGUUGGAGACCGAUAUGGCUUUGUGGAAUGCUUUGUUGACAGCUUGUAGGGUUCAUGGGAAAGUGGAGGUGGCCGGAAGGGUGGAGAGAAGACUUGUGGGACGAAGUUGAAUUUCGCUUCUUUGAAUUGCUUUCUUCAUUGUAUUGGAUGCUAUUUCUAUUGCUGCUAUUAAAACUGCGCCG